AUGGCGACUGGUCUGUUCGCCUCGUUGCCAAAACCCAAAUACACAGGGGAACAUGAAGAGGUGCCGAUCCACGCACAGCCGAGAGGACCGCGGAUCGUGGGACCCGGCGUGAUUGAUGAAUCCCAGAUUGUUUUAAAGCGUUCUGGACCACCUCCUUACGGUCAGCGAUCCGGAUGGCGACCCCGCUCCGCAGAAGACUUUGGCGACGGCGGUGCAUUUCCCGAAAUCCCCGUGGCGCAGUAUCCGCUUGACAUGGGCCGAAAGGGGACGGCGUCCACCUCGAAUGCGCUUGCCAUCCAAGUCGACGCCGAAGGAAAAGUGAAAUACGAUGCCAUCGCGAGACAGGGCCACAGCGAAGGCCGGAUCAUACAUUCCAGUUUCAAGGACUUGAUCCCGCUGAGACAGCGCGCGGACGCGGGCGACUUGAGCCUCGACAGGCCAUCUGCAGAGGAGGCGCAAGCCACGGCUGAAAGGACGAAACUUGCGCUCGAGAAGUUGGUGUCCGGGGCGGUGGCGGCACAGAAGCCCAAGAACGUGAAGGGUGUGAAUCGGGAAGAGCCGACUUACGUGCGAUACACGCCUGCGAAUCAGAUGGGGGACAACUCCAAGAAGAAUGACCGCAUAUUCAAGAUUGUCAAGAAGCAGGAGGAUCCUAUGGAGCCUCCGAAGUUCAAGCACAAGAAGAUCCCCCGAGGCCCUCCUUCUCCUCCGCCACCAGUCAUGCACUCGCCCCCACGGAAACUAACCGCAGAAGACCAGGAGGCGUGGAAAAUCCCGCCUCCGAUCUCCAACUGGAAGAAUCCCAAAGGUUAUACGGUCCCCUUGGACAAGCGAUUAGCGGCAGAUGGUCGAGGACUACAAGACGUGACGAUCAACGACAAAUUCGCCCAGUUUGCGGAAGCCCUCUUUACAGCCGACCGACACGCAAGAGAAGAAGUCCGGCUUCGCGCGCAGAUGCAGCAGAAGCUAGCGGAGAAGGAGAAGCUCGCGAAAGAAGAGCAUUUGCGAGAAAUGGCAAAGAAGGCGAGGGAGGAGAGACAGCGUGCCACAGAGACACACACGAAGCGGUCACGGUCACGCUCUUACUCGGGCUCCUCUUAUGAUUCUCGGAGUGAUAGCGAAGACGAGGCGGCGAGAGAAAGAGAACGGGCUCGACGAGAACGUAGGCAGGAAAAUGAACGACAACUCCGCCAGUCGAGGAUGGGCGCCGAAAAGAGAAUCCAGAUGAUGGCGAGAGAACAGAAUCGAGACAUCUCCGAAAAAGUGGCGCUGGGAUUGGCGAAGCCGACGCAGAACCAGGAGACGAUGUACGAUUCUCGGUUGUUCAACCAGACCUCUGGGUUUGAUUCGGGAUUUAAUGAGGAUCAACACUACGAUAAACCCCUCUUCGCAGCGCACGAUGCGAUCAAUAGCAUAUAUCGUCCGUCAGCAGGCAACCAGGACGACGAAGAAUAUGGCGAAGAAGCAGCAGAGAGCGCAAUGGGCAAAAUUUCAAAAUCUAACAGAUUUGAGGUCCUGGGCAAAGCCAAGGAAGGAUUCAAGGGCGCCGAUGUGGCGGAGCGAGAGGCUGGGCCUGUCCAAUUCGAGAAGGACAAGGACGAUCCUUUUGGGAUUGACAGUCUCAUCGGAGAGGCGUCCGCCAGGGCUGGUGGAGAAGGGAAGAAGAGGUAUGGGCUCGAGCAGGCUGAAGAUCGGGAUCGGGACGAAAGAGAACGGCAGAGGAAGCGGGCGCGGGUCGAUGAUGAUUGA